GAGGCGGGAGACAGGUGGAGGCCGCGCCUGGAGGGGAGGAGUCGUCGCCGGCCCAGCGGCCAGGCUCGGCCGGCUACGCCAGGCCCCCCAGGCCCGAGCUGGCUCUUCUCAGGCCCCAGGGCCGAGCCCUUUUCCUAACUGACCUCGCUGGGCGAGCCGACGCUAGCUCCAUGACGUCACAGCCCUGCCCAUCCCCUCAGCCUGAUGUCACCCGUAGUCCCUCUCCCGCCUCACCUCGUGUUCACUGAAUGUCCUGUUCACCUCCCACGGCCGAGCGCGGGCGGCACUGCACGGAACCUGCCAAGCCAGAAGAUUUGCUGUGGGAAACGGGACUUUUCCAAACUCGGGUGUUGCGAGGCGUCAUAAUCACUGCCCCAAGCCCAGUCGGCCACCCACUGCACUGUCAGUCGCGGCCCUUGCGCGGCUCCGCAGGCGGAGUUCCUAACCCCAACCCUGAGCCGGACUCUGACCCCCAUGUCCUCCAUUUGAGGCAGGGCUCCCCUCGCCCUUUGUGCACCCACGGCUGCUUGCCCAACCCAUUCUUCUAGGCUCUCCAGCUUAGUUCUGUCUCUUGCUUUUCUUACUUGCAACGUCUCCCUUUGGUGAAAACCCAGCAGUGAUGUGGAGGUGGAGACCCACAGGAGCCCCGGACUUCACCUGAGCUACCUCAGUGGUCACCAAGGGUGGCAAGAAAAAGAAGAAAGCCCUGAUUUGGGGGGGACCAGGAUGCCUGACCGGGACAGCUAUGCCAACGGCACUGGGAGCAGCGGUGGAGGCCCUGGAAGUGGUGGCAGCGAGGAGGCCAGUGGGACAGGGCCAGGCAGUGGAGGGGCCAGCUCAGAUGCCAUCUGUAGAGACUUCCUGAGGAAUGUGUGCAAGCGAGGCAAGCGUUGCCGGUAUCGCCAUCCAGACAUGAGUGAGGUGUCCAACUUGGGGGUGAGCAAAAAUGAGUUCAUCUUCUGCCAUGACUUCCAGAACAAGGAAUGUAGUCGCCCAAACUGCCGAUUCAUUCAUGGCUCCAAGGAGGAUGAGGAUGGCUAUAAGAAGACAGGAGAGCUUCCCCCUCGGCUGAGGCAGAAAGUCGCAGCAGGCCUGGGCCUUUCUCCAGCUGACCUACCGAAUGGCAAGGAGGAGGUCCCUAUUUGCCGGGAUUUUCUCAAAGGUGACUGCCAGAGAGGAGCCAAGUGCAAGUUCCGUCAUCUACAACGGGAUUUUGAAUUUGAUACUAGGGGUGGAGGAGGCACUGGUGGUGGGGGCUCAACAGGCCCAGUCCCCCCAGGACGACGUCAUGAUCUCUAUGAUAUCUAUGACCUCCCUGACAGGGGCUUUGAGGACCAUGAGCCAGGUCCCAAGCGCCGGCGAGGUGGAUGCUGUCCCCCAGAUGGCCCCCAUUUUGAAUCUUAUGACUAUAAUCUGGCUCCACCCCGAGGGGUAGAGUGCAGGCUGCUAGAAGAGGAGAAUGCCAUGCUCAGGAAGCGGGUAGAGGAGCUAAAGAAGCAGGUCAGCAAUCUUCUGGCUACCAAUGAGGUACUCCUGGAACAAAAUGCCCAGUUCCGCAAUCAAGCCAAGGUCAUGACCCUGAGCUCCACUGCACCAGCAACUGAGCAGACUCUGGCUCCCACUGUGGGUACUGUUGCCACUUUUAACCAUGGCAUUGCCCAGACUCAUACUACUCUCAGCAGCCAGGCUCUACAGCCUCGGCCUGUGUCUCAGCAAGAACUGGUAGCCCCUGCGGGAGCUCCAGCUGCUCCCCCAACUAAUGCUGCACCUCCUGCUGCUCCACCACCCCCACCCCCACACUUGAAUCCAGAGAUCACGCCACUGUCAGCUGCUCUGGCUCAAACAAUUGCCCAGGGAAUGGCACCCCCACCUGUCUCCAUGGCUCCUGUGGCUGUAUCUGUGGCUCCUGUGGCCCCUGUGGCUGUAUCGAUGGCCCAACCCUUGGCAGGAAUCACAAUGAGCCACACCACCACUCCCAUGGUGACUUACCCCAUUGCUUCCCAGAGCAUGCGUAUCACAGCCAUGCCACACUGAUGGAGCUACUGCUGGACACUCCCAUGGUAUAGCCUCCCAGGCUGGGAUCCGGGGAGUCCUUUACCCACCCACUCGCCUAGCCCUCCCGUGCCCUGUCUUAAGGGCUUAUUCAAGAACUAGGACAAGAGACUACAAGAAGUUUACUUCUGAGAAGGGGUUGGCUGGUGGGUUUUCUCUCACCUCCCUUUUAUGAGGGCCCUCUUGUCCAUCUUUAAGUCUCACAGAGGGGGCUUGCAUAGGGGUGCAGACUGAAGCCAGCAGAGAGGAAGGACUGACUGAGGGGUUGAAUGUCCCCUGAUGGGAAGAUGGGGACAUGCCUGGUCUUGUCCUCUCUUCUGCUCAGCACAGGUUCCAGCACUGGCUUUGGAAGAAAACAGUGCCCAGAGGGAAAGCCAGGAAAGAUUGGGAAGUGGGUAGCCAGAAGAGGAGGCCUAAUAGGAGCCUUCAGACAACUGGGGACGUAGUUGAGUUGGACAGUAACUGCUCCUGGGCCUGUAGCAAGGCGGGGACCAUAGUAAUCCAGCCCAGUGACUAGGGGAGGAUUCAUUACCUUGGCUUGGCCUGGAAAUUCAUAGGGCAGGGCCCACCACUUUCCAAAGAAAUAAAAAAACAAUUAUUUUUAACAAAUGAGGGCAGUGAAAACUUGCUUAGAGUUCCUGUGUGGAAUAUGGGAGCAGUAAAUAGAUGUCAUGCCAAAAUGGGAUAAAGACCCCCCACCCUCAGAGCUGGGAUAAAGUUGGAUGGAGACCAGGGAACAAGGGUAGGGACCCAGAGGAAGACCAGAUGAGACUUUGGGGAAGGCACUUUGUGAGGUAAAAGCAUUGGAGCCACCUAGUCCAGUUUAAAAAUAGUCCCAUCUGUUCUGGUUUCUAUCUGCAUGAACUAUUCCCAGGUUGCCUUAGUAACCAGGGCUCCUAGGGUCAUUUAGGGGGGCAGGUACUAAGGAGGGUGGAUGUGCUGGAAAAUGGGAAUGGAAUCUGUAUUGACAGAGCCUUCCCUUAUUCAAACAGAGCAAGGCGGGUGGCGGUUGCUGUCUUUAGUUAUUGAUGGCAGUUAAUGUCCCUCCAAUCCCUUCCAUAGUUACCAGUGCCUUACACCUUUAAGGCUUGGGAGGUGCUGGGAAAAGGAGAGUUCUGGGGAUACAAGUCUCAGAAUUCAUUCCUUCCCUCUGCUUCCACAUAGGACCACAUUGGUUUUAAAGUUAAUUAAACGUCAAGGCUGAGGGCCCCAAUAGCCAAACCUCAGUUCCUCCUCAGCUCAUAGCUGAUACGGGGAAACAACUCAGGUGUCUAAUCUAAGGGGAUUGUGGAUUUGGGGGUAGAGACAGUGAUCCUGUGUUCUCCCUCAUCAUAUCUCCUGCUACCUCUUGCUCUCUUGUCUGGUUGAUCAUUCAGGAUAUACCUGGGGUUGGAGUUGGUGGGCUAGGUCAAGGCAAGGCCAGUAAAAAAAAAGAAAAAAAAGAAUCUAAAGACUAAAAAUGGGUAAAUACUAAAGUAUUGUUUGUGGAUUUUAGAAACUACGCAUUGAUAAGUUAAAUGUUGAUUUUCUAGUACAAGUUUGGAUUAUUAAAGAGAUGGUUUAUGAACUUUAGAGACAAGUGUGAUCAUAGAUACCAACAUGAAUUCAUCCCAGCCCAAUGCUGACCCAUUAACUUUAUUUCUUUUUGCUAAGUAUCUCGAAAGAGGUAGAUUUGGGAAACUAUACAUUGUAUGUCCUUUAUUAACAUCCUCCAGCUAAAGACCACCAGGAAUACACGUGCAGUUGAACAAGUUCGGUUUAAUGCUCAUAGGAAUGAUGGAGAGAGCAUGCCGUGGGGAACUGUGGUAUUAGAAAGUGAAAGGGUAUUAGGAGCUAUAGGACUUGUAUUUUGGUUAAGCGAUUUGGGGGAAGGUUUAAGGAAGUGGGACUUCAUUCUGGAUUGAGUGCUCUUUGAAAAGCGGGGAUAAUUCUAUGAUUGGGUUUCUUUUUUUUAUUUUAAAUAUACUUCUUUAUUGAUUUCAAAGAGGAAGGAAGAAGGAGAGAGAGAUAGAACAUCAAUGAUGAGAUAGAAUCAUUGAUUGGCUGCCUCCUGCAUGCCCCUGACUGGGGAUCGAGCCUGCAACCUGGGCAUGUGCCCUUGGCCAGAAUCGAACCUGGGACCCUUCAGUCCACAGGCCGACGCUCUAUCCACUGAGCCAAACCGGCUAGGGCUGAUUGGGUUUCUUUAUUUUUAUCCCGAUAAAGGGAAGACUAGAGUGAAGCAAAGUUGUAAUUGGUAAUGAAACAGUAGUCACUCAGCUGGGUGAGGGAGGUGUUUGCCAUCUUGUGGUUUGCACACUGACCUUGCUUUGUACUUAAACAAAACUGUGAAGUGAUCUUUUUUGCCUCACUUCAUCAUAGUCACUGAAUGCCCUUGUCCUGUGUUGGUGUUUUGUGAGAUUGUGUCCAAUAGUAGAGCACCAUUUCCCACCUAUGAGCCCAGGUCAGCCCCGACAACUCUGAAGCCAGUUCGUAAAUGUCAGGAGCUGCUUGCCUCUUUCUCACCUAAAUCAUUACAAAUAAAAGGAUAAUUAUGGUUCCAUUAAUAAUAGAAUUUGGUGGAAUCAAA